AUGGGCUCUGCAGAUGUCAUUGAUCACUCACCGCACCAAGCGGACCCUUCGCCUCCCAUCCCAACAGCUUCCAACCUCAUCCUCAUUGACAACUACGAUUCUUUCACCUGGAACAUUUACCAAUACCUCGUUCUUGCUGGUGCCACGGUUACUGUCUAUCGAAAUGACAAGGUCACGGUAGAGGAAUUGGUUGCCAAGAAGCCUACACAGAUCAUCAUCAGCCCUGGACCUGGUCAUCCCGAGUCCGACUCUGGAGUGAGCCGCGAUGUCAUCCGCCACUUUGCAGGCAAGCUCCCCAUCUUUGGUGUCUGCAUGGGCUUGCAAUGCAUCUUCAACGUCUAUGGUGGAGAAGUCAGCUCAGCUGGGGAGUGGCUUCACGGCAAGACUUCGCCCUUGACUCAUGAUGCCAAGGGUGUCUUUGCUGGCCUCAAUCAAGGUGUACCAGUCACUCGCUACCAUUCUCUUGCAGGUACCCACGUUACCUUGCCCGAUGAGCUCGAAGUCACUUCUUGGGUUGCCAAGCCUGAUGGCUCCCCUGGUGUCAUUCAAGGUGUCCGCCACAAGAAGUACACCAUUGAGGGUGUUCAGUUCCAUCCUGAGAGUAUCUUGACUGAAGGUGGACGAGCCAUGAUCACCAACUUCCUUCGCAUGCAAGGAGGCACCUGGGAGGAGAACGCCGAGUUCCAGAAGUCAGCCGCCGCAAAGGAGAAGGACUCGGAGGCCCCCAAGCCCAAGAAGAACAACAUCCUGCAGCGAAUCUAUGCAAACCGAAAGGCUGCUGUUGAUGCCCAAAAGCAGAUUCCUUCUCAGAGAAUGCAGGAUCUUCAAGUUGCCUAUGAUCUCAACGCCGCCCCUCCACAGAUCCCCUUUGUUAGUCGGCUACGACAGUCUCCUUUCGACGUUUCCCUCAUGGCUGAGAUCAAGCGUGGGUCUCCGUCCAAGGGUAUCUUUGCCCUUGACAUCUGUGCACCCGCGCAGGCUCGAAAGUAUGCCUUGGCCGGAGCGAGUGUCAUUUCGGUGCUCACUGAGCCCGAGUGGUUCAAGGGCAGCAUCGAAGAUCUGAGAGCUGUUCGACAGGUCUUGGAUGGCAUGCCUAACCGACCCGCGAUUCUGCGAAAGGAGUUCAUCUUUGAUGAGUAUCAAAUCCUUGAGGCGCGAUUGGCCGGUGCCGAUACUGUCCUUCUUAUCGUGAAGAUGCUCGAGACCGAGUUGUUGGAGCGCUUGUACAAGUACUCGCUCUCCCUCGGCAUGGAGCCUCUUGUUGAGGUUCAAAAUGCAGAGGAAAUGACAACAGCAGUCAAGCUUGGUGCCAAGGUCAUUGGUGUCAACAACCGCAACUUGGAAAGCUUCGAGGUUGACCUCAACACCACUGGCCGGUUGCGAAGCAUGGUUCCCGAAACCACCAUCAUCUGUGCCCUGAGCGGCAUCAACACCCAUGAUGAUGUCUUGAUGAACAAGAAGGAUGGUGUCAACGCCGUCUUGGUUGGUGAGGCCAUCAUGAGGGCCCCUGAUGCCAGUGUCUUCAUCAGCCAACUAUGCUCGGGAUCUGAGCCUCCGGCUACCACAGACGUCCCCUCUUCCCUCUAUGUCAAGAUUUGCGGCACUCGAAGCGCCGAGGCCGCACUCAAAGCCGCCGAAUCUGGUGCCAACUUUGUAGGCAUCUGCCUUGUCCCAGGUGCCAAGCGAUGCAUUUCUCACGAGACUGCUCUUGCGAUCUCAGAAGCCGUGCACUCGUACUCUAGCACGCAAAAGUACGAAACUCAGGUGGCACAAGUUGACAACAAGGCCCGAGACUUCUUCGCUUCCGCCUCUGCCAGACUCAGGAGCCCUCGGACUCAGCUCGUUGGUAUUUUCCAGAACCAGCCCCUGAGCGAGGUCUUGGAGAAGCAGAAGCAGUAUAACCUCGACUUGGUGCAACUCCAUGGUGAGGAGCCCCUGGAGUGGGCAAGUCUCAUCCCCGUGCCUGUCAUCCGAUGCUUCAAGCCCGGCCAAGUUGGUGUCGGCCGUCGUGGGUAUCACACCAUUCCCCUGUUGGACUCGGGCUCGGGCUCAGGCAAGCUCCUCGAUGUCUCGAAUGUCAAGGCAGUCCUUGAAGAAGACCCCGAGCUCCGGGUCUUCCUGGCUGGUGGAUUGAACCCUGACAACGUGGCAGAGGCUGUCAAAGCUUUGGGACCUCUGGCUGAGCGAGUGAUUGGUGUCGAUGUGAGCAGCGGCGUGGAAGAGGGUGGAAAGCAGAGUUUGGAUAAGAUCGUGGCCUUUAUCAAGGCGGCAAAAGAAAUUCGAUAG